UUAAAUUCCUACGGUACUUUAUUUCUGUGCUAGUUUGAUCUCCAUUGACUGACUGAAGAAAUCUCAUAUUAAAAUAUUAAUAGAUCAUGAUAGUUAUUUAAUAGACUAUUUACAAUGCAACAACCUUUGAUAUCUGCUCAAGACAAAAAAGACUUGGAUAAAUUCUCAAAGUUUCUAUGUGUGAAAACAGCACAAGUUAUUGUUCAGGGUCGACUUGGAAAAUCGAUAUCAUCACAGUGCAGUCCAUUGCCAACUGGUGCAGAAUGGUUCAAUCUUGCGAUUAAAGAUUAUCCUGAAAUACAAAAAGAAGCGAAGUACGCAUUAAUUGAAGGAAAUCCCACUUUUGAUUCGAGUUUUAUUAUUGAAAUUUCACUGAGAACAAGCGAUUCUGAAUCGCUUACCCUGGAGGUCUGGUCUUUGAGUGUGAAAAGGAAGUAUGAAGAUGUCCGAAUUCAUCAUACUGUUUACAACAGAAUGUCCCUUUUAUUGAAAUCCCUUAUGUGUGUUUCUCGUGCAACACCAGCAUAUAAACUAUCACAAAAACAGGGAUCCGAAUAUGUCAUUUGCUUCAGAGUUUACAUGGGAAAAGUUGAUAUCAGUGGACUUGGUGAAGGUUUUAAAACCCUGCGUGUUGGUUCAAUCGGAACUCCAACUGGUACAUUGAUGUUGUCUGCAGCUUUUCGUACAGCUGAAAAUUUGCAUGUGUCAACAAAGAAAUUACAUCCUGGAACUGGAGACCUUAUGAAGGUCAGUCCUGAUCAUUUUACUUCACCCAAGAAUGCUACUUUGUCACCAGCACGACCUUGUCAUACGCUGCAGUCACGUAUAAUGAGUUCUAGAGAUAUGGAUGGAGAAUCACCAACUGGUCAUCCUAUAGAGUCACCUUCAUAUGGUGUUUUACCAACAUCAUUCUCAACAUCACCUGGUGAACUUGGUUUAGGAAUGUCACAACAUAAGUUUCCUGGUGAUAUGGCUGGUGCAAUAUUCAGUGUCGGCACACCACCGACACAAAAUUCAACAAUGAAAUCAAAAACUACUUCAUCUCAUUCUGUGGAUCACAGACGACAUAAUGAUUAUCUUCGGGACAGAGAGGGAAAACAAAUUCAUACCUGCAGAAUACAACAACAGACUUUUAUUCAUUCUCAAUCGGAAAAGAACUUUUCUGACCCAAUAGAUGAUGGAACAAGAACAUCGCAACAGCAGAAUGUUCAUCAUAUGCAGGGUUCAAGCAAUCGUCGUAGAACUACUUCAUCCAGUGUACCGAAAGACAACACUUCAUCCGAUAUCCUAAUGGACAAAAGAAAUGUAUUUAAACCUAUAACAGAUGAUUCAUUCAAUGAAAACUCUUCAAGAUCAUCAUCAAAUCAUAGAAGAAGUCGAAAGAUUAUAACUGUCAAGAGUGGAAAUAGAACUGCAAACACUGACAUCGUAACUGCAUUGAAAAGUAAUUCUCCUUCUAAUGCAAGAGUUGGAUUCCCUGAUAAUGCAGAGACAACAACUCAUUUAGCACAUCUUCCACCUUCUCAUCAUGCUGCAUCUGUGGUACCGGUAACUGAAGUUUCAUCCACAGCACCUAAACAGCAACAGCAUCAGUUACACAAACCAAGCACUGGUGCAUUUGUGUCGAACAGCAAAACAGCAGCUAGAGCACAGGAUACACUAAUUGGUGUUUCUGGAGGUCACAAAUUACCAUUUGAAGAUUUAAUUACUGAAGAUAAUUCCAGAACUUCUGGAAGGAGAACAAAAAGAAAUAUUACGACAAAUGAAACUAAUUCAAGUUCAGAUACGUCUCCUGAGAGUGGACGAGAGGAUGCCAGCACAAUUACAAGACUGUCAAGUCAAAGCAGUUUAUCAUCUCACCAAAGCAGUGAAUCAAGCCCCAGUAAAGAAAACAUAUUAGGCUUGCCAUCUCUCGCAGAUGAAUUUGUAAUGGUUGAUCUUAAUCCCGCUUUCGGAAAAAAUGAUUCAGCAGGGGAUCUUGGAACAUUUUAUCGAGAAUGUGAGAAUGCUCCAGAUCUUGUAAUGUUUCAAGACAACAAUGGCCAGGAAACUCAGGAAGCACUUCUCGAUCUUACUAAACAAUUGGAAGAUUAUGAAAAGGAUGCAGUAGAUUUUGAUAAUUUUGCUGAGGAAAUACAAGCGUUGCCAUAGCUUUAUCCUCUAUUAUUUUAUCACAAAUCAGCUUGUUUUAUUGAAGAUCGAUGGCUUACUACAUGCAGAGUGACAUUACUCACUUGGUGGCCUUGUUUUUGCCAUGACAUAACAGUAUUAUGAAUUUUACUUCAAAUAUUGAUAUUAUUAUUCUUAUUGACCAAACUGUUGUCGGGAAUGUUUCUUCUUCUGUUUAACUUUUCUUUCUUUUUGUUCUUAAAUCUUUAUGACGAUACUGGUGAUAAUACAGAACACUGUUCACCAAAA